CGACCAUAGUAACAUUUAUGAAAUGAUGACAAAAUGGACUCCAAAUUCACAUGAAAUUCAAAUUAACUCCCAUCCUCUCGCCAUCACAGCUUAUAUAUAUAUAUGUACACACACAUCACCAGCCUUGAAGCUGAGUCUACACUUUACUGCUUUCCCUCAGAGAUAUAUUAUUAUAUAUAUUACAUUACAUCAUAUAAACAGAGACAACAAUUUUCUAUUAUGUAUCUUUUUCUGGGGUCGCCGGAAAAUCAAGAUUCCGGUGCCCUGAUUUAUUCAAAGAAAGCAUAUACUAUUAUAUAUACAUAACAUAGGAGUAUUGUUUUUUCACAAUUACCGGAAAGUAAAGUAUCUAUAAUUAGAUAUAGAGGUGAAAUUAAAAUGACAAAAGGUCAACUGACCGCCAGUAUGAGUGAAAGGUAUUUAGGAAGCUAUAGUUACAAUCAUGGAAACGAAACAGUCAACGAAACCUCGGAGUUGGGAGAAGAUGAUGUCUGGUCAACGGGCGAUGAUCAUUUGGUGAAUGGCUCUAGGAGCGAUUGGGAGGCACGCGCCACCGCAGAGAGUAACGGAAGCUUCAGUAGUUUUAGGAGCUGCCGCCAAGCUGGAGGCUUGUCAUUGGCGUUUGAUGAUUCAGGUAAAACGGCGCCAUCUCGGAUCCUACACCAGUUUCGUGGACAAGACAGCAUGGCAGCGCAAUCCCCAAGUGAACGCCACAUGGCAUUCUCAGCUCCAGUGAAUGUCCCUGAUUGGUCCAAGAUAUAUCGGGUCGACUCGGUCGAGUCAUUCCACGACUCGGACGAUGGUGUCGAUGAUCAUGAGUUGGAGAUCGUUCCGCCACAUGAAUACUUGGCUCGUGGGCACGGUCGGUCCCGAAAAUCAACUACUAACUCGGUAUUUGAAGGUGUGGGCCGGACACUGAAGGGUCGAGACAUGAGCCGAGUCAGAAAUGCAGUUUGGAGUCAGACUGGAUUCAACGGCUAACCCAAAUGAUUAAUUAAUUAUUUGUUCAAAUUGAACGGUUCAGUAAUUAUUGGCAGGGUUAGAGGCAAAUGUUGAUACAGUUGUUUAAUUUGCUAGUGUAAUUUUUUUUGUUCUUUGGCAAUGAUUCAGGCCGAAUGAAUAUAGAUAGGCUCAGUGAGUCAACCAGGCUGUGACUGAGCCCAAGUAUAAUUCUGUGUUCCCCAUUUUUAGUGCUUUUAACCUCUUUUAUGAUCUGUUAAUAGAACAGUGUUUGGAAUUUGGAUGAAGA